AUGGGCCUGGUAAAUGCUGUUUAUAAUUGGGGAACUGUAAAAGCACUAUACUUUGCUGUUUUCUCGAUGAACCUGGCUGGCGUCGUCGCGGUCGCGACGACCAUCGUCUGGGCAGCGAGAUUUCAGAGAGGCUUCGGAGAUUACCUGAACCUUGUCUCCUCAGGUGACGGUCAUGUUUGGACCACGGUGAUCAUCUCGUCUGCUGUUCUCUGCUCUCCUGCCUACGUCCUGGGUGCUAAGUCCUGGUUGUACCUGAAAUUUGAGUCCUCGAGAAACGAGCUGGAAGACCAACAGGAAGUGGAAGCUGGCGCGGAUCCUCGCGACUCGAAUCGUCUUCUUUUCUUUCACGUUAUCGCCUGCCUGGUCUCUGGAUUUUUGGUGGCACUUUUGAAUGCAACCUACUUGGCCCUGUUGAGUGGUUUUCAACAGAAGAGCCGCGAGGGCAUGAUCGAGGCAAUGGAAAGGUAUAGCAGCGACGUUACAGCGAAGGCACGAGUCGACGCUGUUCAAACAGAGUUUGAGUGCUGUGGGGACAACAGCUACGAAGACUGGUUUCACGUACCAUGGCUGAAACCAUCGAUGGAGGAGUCAGAGUUCAAGAACAAGGGUCCUCGACUGGAAGGGCAACCAGUGCAAGAAGAUGGAGAGGAAGAGUCCUCGACUCCGAUAGACGUUCCUUUUUCCUGUUGCGCCAACGACAUUCCCAAACCCUGCGUUCACUAUGACAUUCUAAACCGCAAUGCAGCAUACGAUUACAAUCCCAAGCACCUGACUAUCUCCACCCGUGGCUGUCGAUCAGGGAUUGUAAGUCGAGGCAGGACUGUUAGAAUAUUCCUCGCAGGGUAUCUGGCUCUUUUAUCAGUCUAUCAAGUAAUCUUGUCCCUCCUGGCUCGUUUGCUGCAGACUGCUCAUGCCAACGAAUUAUUCAUAAGUCCUAGAAAGACUCGUUACCAUGUCUGGAUCUUUUAUAAACCAGAAGAAAUAUUCAAUGUAUCUCUGACACAACCAAAAGCAAGCAAACAAUCUCGACGGAGAAAACGACGAUCGACUCGAAAGUCACGUCCACCAUCUUCCUCUUCCACUUUAGAAACUUUUCACGAAAAAAGAGAAACAAUUUCUAGUAAACGUCACAAGAUGAUUAAGAGUACCAGCGCGAAAGUGUUGAAUAAGAUACGCUCGAAAAUCCAUUCUGCUAAAUCGAAGAGCUAUCCUCUCGUCAGAUCUUCUUUGUGGACGACCAAGCGGAGUACGAAGAGGCGUGCUUAUCAAUCGGAAGACGAAGACGAGAAAGACGAGGAAGACGAGGAGUCGGAGCAAACUGCAACCAAGAGACUUCUCUCGAGCCAAUGGAUGAGGUCUGCAAUCGUCCUGAAGCCAGAUGGCGAGUCGAAUCCCUUUCUACAGGAUAAUACCUUGAUCAUAGACUUACCACCUCCUCCACCACUUCCUCCGUUCGUAGCAAACCUCGAGGUGGAAGAUGAAAAGAACAGGCCUCCUCGUGACGUAUCGCCACGACGGUCCAGAGCAAAGAUUAACGCUGAUACCAACUCCAAGCAAAAAACAAUCCACAAUCAGAACUCUGGUAGGCGCAUAAAGGUCCUGGAGAAGUUUGACAAGAUCUGGGAGUCCCACGACCGCGCCACGCAGCACAGAGAAAGCGGUGGAGCGGAUGACUCCAGCAGCGAGCACUCCUCGAACCGUUCCAGAAGACUAUUGAGCACAACAGACGUCUACGACAGAUUUCGUGGCACUCUUCAGCACACCCUCGCCAGGAGAGAAACUGUUCAAGCUCGAAGAGCAUCGAAGAGGAUCCACAGCCCUAGAGUCUGGCCCAACCUGGACACGAGACGCAACAAUCUUCUGGCGAGGCUUGGAUCCAAGAACGUUCCACCUUCUUAUCGUCUGCUCGCCAACGUCGAGGAUCAGAGGCGAUCAGUCUUGCAGACGCAGCCAAUCCCUCUACCUCCUCCUCUACCUCCUCCGUCGACGCGAAACACUCUCGCGUUUCCUCAUCGUGACAGACAAUGCAGUAUUUGUCAUCGUCCUGUUCAGCAAAGUCUAUCCUUGUCUCGAUGCGAGGACACUCGAGCAUUUUCCACUCCGUGUCCAAGAAGAAUGCCACUCAACGUCUUCACAGAGGGCAGGAAGGGAUCAGCAGAAGAUUACGAAGCUUGGAAUCGAUCCACUUUCGCCUUUGAAUCUGUCCAACGUCGGUGACUCGAGUCUCUUCCACCAAAUGUUCUCCAGAAAAGAUUCGUAUAGGUGUAAAAAUGUAAAUACAAGUAGAGAAUGCUUGCUCAGAGUAUACGCGCUUUAACAAAAUGAAACAAUGGCGUGUUCCACGCUAGUUGAACGCAGAUCGUACAAUACUUGAUGGUUUAUUUGCCGAGAAGUAAAAUACACAGGCAUUUGUUACAAUGGUACUGCCGAAGAAUACUUCUUAUGUCUCUGUAAUACAUCUAGCGACAAUACAUCGAUACUAAAAAGAGAGAAGCUGAUAUAUUUCGUUCGAUCAAUGUUUUCCGGUUUACCAGAUACUUUACAAUUUUUGUUCGCGUACCAACUCUAUCUCUCUCUCUCUCCGCGACUCCUUGACUCUGUUUCCGCCUCGAGUAACUAGAAGGCGACCGGGGGGCGGAAUUGUACAACUUUUGCGGUGAAUUUUCUCGCCCCUCGUCGUUUGCACCUUGCACUUCUGCACGGUGGUCCCAAUUGUGUUAUAAUCCUCGCGAUCGUGCUCUAUUUAUCGCGAACAAUGUUGCACGUUGUUUAUUUUGGAAGGCAUGUGACCUGCUCUUCCAUGAUUCAAGAGAAGUUGCACGCUACCAAGUCGACCUUUGACUCUCUCGAUGUCAGGAUUCGAACUAUACGAUACACACUGCGCGUUGAGCUUCGAGUUAAAAGUAUCCACCCACUAUGCAUAACACAUUGGACGUGGUUAAUCAAUUUUAAAGUUUGGAUAAGUAAUUAUAAGUUAAACGAAUGUAAUCAGGAAAUUGUACUCUAUCCAGAAACAGUUUAAAUAAUCUGAUACUCGUUUCUAGCUUGUUUGGUUCUUUAACACAUUGUCUGCCAAACUCGUGAAUAUUUCUACGAGAUUGAAAAACCAACACAAUUAACAGAUUCCUUAAAUAGGUUCCUGGUCUGUAAGCUAUUCAAAUAUAUUAUAUGUACAUACAUAGUAGGAGCAUAUUUUUGCGAAUAACAAUAUUAGCGCACCGCUACUAGGCGGUCAUCGCACGGCGCUGUACCGAUGGACCGAACUAGGAAGUUAAAUUACUGAAUAUCACAAAAACGCGCCAAUAAAGGAACCUCGAAAUCGUGGUAUGCAAUUUCUCCUGAUCCUCGAGCAAUUUUUCUACCUUAUCUGGCCGCCUGCCUUCCCGACAGACCGCUCAAGUUAAUUACUCGUCCUAAUAACACUUACCGUUCACACGUUCUCUCAUUCACGCACACUGUGGACCUUUUCCUUUCUUCGUGGC